AUAGGUAUUGGCACUGUACUCCUGAUGCAAUUUUCCAAAUUAAAUCUAUCAUAAAAAUGAAAAAUUGUUCUGUACUAGUGACAGAUGCAGCCCACUCUCAUUAAGUGGCUCACCUACAUUCAGUGCUCUGGGUUUACAGCCCCACAAAGGCCUUUGAGCAGAAGAUGGUGUUUUCAAACAUUCUGCAGCUCUCGUCACAUGGUGGUGCCUUGGACAAAUGCACUGGCUGAGAGCUGCUCCAUUCAGUGUAUAUGAGCAUGACCAUGUUUCCGUAGAGAGGGUGCUUGCUUUUGGCUUUUACUCUAAAAGGCAGUUGGCAAAAUUUAUGUGGAUAAGGAGGUUUUUAGCAAGAAAAAGUCCGUAACACUGCUGAAAAAAUAUCCUCUUAUUUGGGCUUACAGUGGAAAUUGUAUGAAUACAAGGAAUCUGUCCCAGGGACCUAAGAGCUUCUAGCAGCACAGAUAAAAAUACUUGUAUUUAAAACAUAACAUCCACUACUCACUGAGUACAUAAGGAGCAAUGCAAUGCAGAGUAGGCAUUAAGAAUUCAUGUGCCUACUGGGAAAUGUAGAAAAAUGUGAUUACAUGGUAAUAAAUGAAAGAGAAAAAUAUGUAGCAAUGACAAACAGUAUUUAAAUUCAAAACUUUAUCUUAAGGACCAUCAGCAAGUGGACAACACAUUAGGAAAUAAAUCUUACCUAAGGUUAGAGGCUACUUCUCAAAAAAAGGUCCUAAGUCAGCAUGAACGCAGGCUCAGUGACAGAGGAACAUUAGUUGUUUGUCACUAGCAUGAUGCUGUUUUUAUAACUUCCAGGUGGAUGUUAAUACUAAAUUUUUAUAAUCUAUUUGAGAGAAAACAUCUCUUUCUAAUAAAAAUUGUCUUGUUCUGUAGCACAUAAAUGAAUAUGUCUACUGGGUUUGUUGCCAUCAAGCUGUGCACUGUGAGCUUUUCCCAAAUCAUUUCUUCUGUCUUUCCUCCCCUCCAGCAUUUCAUCAGUUGCUGUUUCCUUUGAAAGGAUUAAAGCACACCAAACAUGUGAUGUUUCUAUUUUCUAUGUGUUAAACCAUGACAACACCACAUGGAUGUGCACCUUACAUUAUGUCAAACUUUACCUUCUGCUAUAUAAAACGUUAAACCCCAGUAAAAGGAUUAAGUGAUAGUCCAGUCUGAGAUACCACAAUGAGUUAACAGGUUUGUACAUCAAGAAUGAUUGCCUAGCCUUUUUGUAAUCUUUGGGAAGGUUUCAUUAAGAGUUCUAUAUUUAAGACUCACCUUAACCCUUACACCAAGCCUCCUGUAACAAUGCCUGGUUUUGAACAUGUAAAUUAGUAUCCGGCCAAAACAGCAUUUCCUACCUGCCCCAUCUCAAUCCCAAAAGAGAAAUGGGAAUAGAUGGAUUUGUGGUACAUUAAAUAAUGAAGAGAAAGCUACCAGAAGAAAAACCUUGCCUUCCUAGCCUCCACGCAUGCUGGGCAGAGUCUUGGGAAAAAUAUGACAACCGGAACAGGAUUGAAGGGCACUGGUCUCCCAGUGUCCUUCCUUCUCCAAGUGACUCAGAUGUUUUAGGUCUCCUGGGACAGCUGAGGAGAGCCAUCAUCAUGAUCCCUGCACUGCUGUUGCUGGGCCUUUCAGCCCUUGUUGCUCCAUCCGUGAGUUACAGUUGCUAUGGCGAUAUAAGUGCUCUUCAACUCCCCACGAUGUCCUGCACACCUGUAAGAGCCUCUGAUUGUGGAUAUGCCAUGAUACGGAGGACUGCUGAGGCAGACCUCGUACGCCUGAGGAGAUACGAGAUGCCAAUUAGGAGAGUAGCCAGAAACCUGUGCUUGGACCCAGCGCUCAUCGGUGCCAUCAUGUCCCAGGAGAGCCGUGUGGGCCUGCUCCUGGACAACGGCUGGGACCGGGGACGGCAGAAGUACGGCCUGAUGCAGAUCAGCAGGCAGCAACUGCAACCUUUUGCGGUGUGGGAUAGUGAAGAGCACAUUAAUCAGUGCUCAAAUAUCCUGGUUCUUUCCAUUAAUGAAGUACGGGCAAGACAUCCUACCUGGACCUGGGACCAGCAGCUGAGAGGGGGACUCUGCACCUACCGUGCAAAAAUGGGCAACCUCCAGGUCUACGAGGCAGACCCAUGCAACAGAGACUACAACUACGCCAACAGUGUGAUUAGACGAGCCCAGUACUUUAAGAGAAAUGGGUUCUAGGUCAUAAACCUGCCCUGCCACUGAGCCCCCCUCUGCAGACUGGCCCAGCAGUGAUUGUAGUACCCAGAGCAGCUCCCCAGGUCUCCUGGCAGGACCGAUGCUGGUGGCAUUGCCAAUGACACCUUGCUCACUCCAGAAAAUCCCACCCCCUCACUCACUGAUGGGCGAGCUCAGCACUGCCUUCCAGGAGACUCCCAGGGAUGAGAUACCCCAAGCUCAGGGCCCUUGAAAGGCAGUUGGGGACAGACCAGCAAUGUUUAAAUUUUGAGUGAGGAAGGUGACUCUUCCUGUUCAAAGCUGAAUCCCGGGGCUGUUUGUGCAUCCCCCAGACAUGCACACAAGCAGCUCCCCCUUGGCAUCAGCUGUGCUCUUCCCACCUGCAUCCAGCUCCUUCCCUCUCCAUGGCCAAUGAGGGGGAUGAAUAUCCUAAGUUUUCCUUCCCUUGGUGCUGCUGACUAAGGAGCAAUGAAGAGACUUCUCAGCAAGCCUUUGGUCUCUGCAGUAGCUGAGUGUUCCUGUAGCCAGCCUUGAGGCGGACACUACUAAAACGUGCUUUGCUUGGUCCCCUGAGUCCAUGGCCAUGGUGCAACUGGGGACCUCUUCUACAGAAAGUCCUGCAAGUGCCACAGCAAAAUGCCUUUCCAUCAGAGACCAGCCCCUGGAGCAGGAGUCAGCCCCGUAUGUACCCACCCCAGCAGCUGUAUCACAGCAAUAGUUUUGGUAAAAAAACCCACAACCUUUCCUGCUUUAGCUUUGGCACAUUUAUGCUGAGUUUCCUCCAAAUUUAAAAGCAUUUCAGCAUCUGUCCCUCUGCCAGGAAUCCCAGUUUCUAAUAGAAGUGAAUGAGCUCUGGGCCUAAAAGGUUUGUUUGAAAGUGGAUGGGUCUCUCAGUGCCAAUUUAUUAAUUAGAGAAUAAUAAUCAGAAUAAGAUAGAAAUAAAGAUAAAUGUUAAAUCCCAAUGUUUAUUUUUUUCAAUUUCAUGGGGCUCAGUGGGUAGCAAUCUACAACUUGAGUAAAUAACCCCAUUCAGUACUCUUGGAAUGGGGUCUAAAGCUCAGUUUGAGAACAGGGAGAGGAUAAUGGUGCUACAGACUGAAUAGGUCAGAAGAGCUGGGCCUGAACACAGCUGCUGACCCAAACUUGUGAAUGGGAAUAGGAAUGUUCACAUUUAGCCUUUCAAAUUACCUUUUUGGAGGUGUCAGGGCACUUUUCUUCCAGCUGCCACCAUUGCUGAUGCAGAAGUGGUGUGCCUGGGAGUCCAUGCCUGGCAGCAAGGGGCAGUGCUGUGCGUGUGCCUGAGCGGCCAGGCAGGGUCAACACAGGCAGAAUGAGAGCUGGUUUGGAGACAGCUUUUGCAAGCAGAGCAAUUUUAAUGCUGUGCCCCUUGUCUUGCCAGUCACUCAUCUGCUUGCCAUCAUGGCAAGGACUCUGCAUGAUUAACAUACGUUACAAGCAAACAAAUUUUAUCACCUCUGGAGACCAGAGGGAACUCUAGCUUGUCUCAAAUGUCACUGAUUUUUUGGGGUUUUUUUUAAGACUGCUAUAAACAGUUCAUUGUUAAGUAACCACAGAUAUUGAACUAUAUUUUAUUUAGUCAUUAGAGAAUUCUGCACUAUAUUAACAUAAUUUUACUACAAUCAUUACUUUGUAAUACAAAUUUAUGAAAUGUAUCACAUGACUGUCUACUUGACAUAACUUAUGUAAAAUUCAUAGGAUGAAGUCUUUGGUGCACUAUGUUAUGUAAACCUCUGUGUUACAUAAACCUCUUAUGU